UUCUAUCGAGAGAAUGCGCCGAGCCGGCAGGCAGCACUGAGUAUCGGUGCGCAAGCGCGGUGGAGGCAGGCCGGGAUUUAAAGGGGUAGUGUCGGCGGGUGCUGCCCCUUUGGGGGGGGCGGGCGGCGGGAGGGAAGUCUCAGUUCGGCUUUUUUAGAGGCGAGUGGGCUUUGUUCCUCCUGUUUGGGAAACAUGGUUUGCGGGGGCUUCGCCUGCUCACGCAAUGCUCUGUGCGCCCUCAACGUCGUUUACGUGCUGGUUGGUCUACUACUGAUUGGUGUGGCUGCCUGGGGCAAAGGAUUUGGGGUUGUUCCCAGCCUCCACAUCAUCGGAGGGGUCAUUGCUGUGGGCUUCUUCCUGCUUCUCAUCGCCAUCGUGGGACUCAUUGGUGCUAUCAACCAUCACCAAGUCAUGCUUUUCUUUUAUAUGAUAAUUCUAGGGCUAAUCUUUAUUUUCCAGUUUGGGAUUUCCUGUGCAUGCCUGGCACUAAAGACACAUAAGCAGGAAAGUAUUUUGAGCAGUACCUGGAACUUACUGAAUGACAACACCCGGAUAUCAUUGGAAAACAAAUUAGAUUGCUGUGGAUUAUUCAACAAAACUGAAUCUGCUGAGAUAUUUAAGAGAGAUGUUGAAAAUUGCAGUGCACCAUGCACAAAAACAAAGAUUGCAUGCCUCAAAUGUGGUGUUGUGCUGAUGGAACAUGCAGACGAGGCUUUGAAAAUCCUUGGUGGAGUUGGACUCUUCUUCAGUUUCACAGAGAUCCUCGGAGUAUGGCUUGCGAUGCGUUACCGAAACCAGAAGGAUCCCAGAGCCAACCCCAGUGCCUUUUUAUAGUUCUUUCUCCUACCACCUUCCAGGUUUCCUUUUUAGUUAGUCACUUCUUGCUUAUUUAAGACCUCCUUUUUCCAUCAUUUGGUUGCCAACCACUCUCGCAGGCCCUAUGAGGAGGAAUUUUGCCUUUAUGCCAAAACGCUGAUAAGGAUGAAAUAGCAAGCGAAGGUCUCAUCCAUGACAUGAAGCCUUUGGCAUGGGGCAAAGGGAUCCAGUACUGGAAGAAAAAGGCAGACAUUAGUUGGUAUCACGUAAGAUAGUGAAAAAAAAAAAUCAUUUUGUUGACUCAUGUAAUUGCUCAUAACUACAAUCAUUUUGGUGUUUUUAAAAUAUUUGCAUUAUCGUACCCGUGUUUUUAAAAAAAGAUUUUCCUCAAAGCUGCUUUUUUCCCCCUCACAAAUGUCUUCAUCUUGACAAGGUAAAGCGCUUUGUCUUACCUUUUAAGCAGCAGAGGCAACAAUUGUCCCAUAAAAUUACUUUCCACCAGGUUUGCCUGCUCUUCCCAAAUUUGUGUUUCCUAUGGUCAAACACAGUAAACACGAGUGCUAGAUGAAGCAGCUCUGGGGAAAGAUUUAGUAUAAAUAAGCAUGAUCUAUGUCUUAUUUUAGGAUUUUGUUUUACAAGCCAAAAUUGAAAUUUAUCUAAAUUCAGAAUUUACAAUCAUAUACUUUAUAGGCUGCCUCUUUUUAAAGAGGAAGGUCAUAAUCUGCCUAAAACUCACCGGAGAACUCACUUGCUCAUAGUGUAAUUACAAUUACAUCUUUAAAAAUUCUUAAAACUGGCUUUUAAAGUGAUUCCUCCUAAAGUGAAAUCACAAUUAUACACCUUUGGAACAAAAGGAACUUGAGUGAUACCAGCCUGAGUUUUGAAUUCCAAGUUCCUUUGCAAUAUUCUUCCUGUGGUGGAGGAUGAAGACUUGAAACUGUUGUAUGCUGGUGUGUCCUAGAUAUGUCCUAUUCUGUUCAGUUGUUUCCCCUGUAUUUAAUGGUUGUGAGUAAGGAUGUAUGUGAGGAUCUUAGCUACACCCCCCCCCCAUUGGGGAUUCCGUUGUUUGAACGCUAGCCCGCCUGUGUAGAAGCCCCUCCCCCUGCUUCCGAUUUCAGCCUGCUAUCAUUCUCAUGUGCAAUUUCUUUUGUUCUACUUUUUAACAAGGGAAGCUGCGGCUGAGCACAAGCAUGUUACACAUUUAACACUGGGCUUUGUAUAGAAUUAAGUGAGCUAGAUGACAGCCUAGGAAAGAUGGUUGCCAGGCUAUCGGUCUCUUUGUCAAGAAAGGUCCUAGUGAAGCUCCUACGGAGGCGUCCGUUCAAAGCCAGAUCUUUCAAGGACCGAGAUUGGAAGGACCCAUGCCUUCAAGACGAAAAGCAGAAGCACGUUCCCUUUUAACGGAGGGAAAGGAAACACGGACUGCUUUCUCUUUGAUGAGUAUGAAUGUCUCCUCAUGAAACCUUGAAUGUUUCAUAGGCUGCACCCUUAUUACACACGCCGUACUGUUUAUUUAUAAAUUAGGGAAUGUCUCAUAAUCAGGGGCACCUUUUGCAAGCAAGUCCUUAUAUAAGGCAGGUGGAAAUAGCUUGGCAGAUUCUUCUCGACUCCUAAAGCUACAGCUGGCCUCUUUUGACGUUAUCAUCCUGGGCCGAUAACGUAGCAUUAAAUGGUACAGAUAAACCCCAAAACAUUGUUCUGCCUUUUGAAAACAAGGGUGGAUUGAGAAAGAUUGAUCUCUCUAGACUUUUUUUUUUUUUUUGAGCUAGGGCUACAACUCCAGUCGAAAGUUGAGAUGGGAAAAAGCGGGAGAAGAUCGUUGUAAACAUUUGGUGUGUACUCUAUCCUUUUGAUGUGGACUCUAUCCUUCUGAGGAUUACAAAAGUUGGCUAAUAACAGAGUGCACAUGUGAAUAGAUGACGAAUAACCGAAAUCGUCUCUAUAAAGCAAACACCUGGCGAGAGAUGCAUCUUAACAGAUUUCCUAAAUGCAAAAAAAUAAAUAAAAAUAAAAUAAAAAUGGUGGCCAUUUGCAGCUCCUGAAGGAGUGUUAUCUGAGAGUGAGGCCCUCUCCCAUACCCCAAAAAUAAGAGUUGCACAAGGGAGACAACAUGAAAAGAACCUGCCUUGGAGAUCCCAACAACUAUAAAAGUGUGAAUCAUGAGAUAAAUUCUAAGCCAUUUAAAGAUGUCAGGGUUAACAUUAACACCUUCAAUUAUGCCUCAGGAAGCAACUGGCAAACCAGAGAACUUUUAGUACAGGCUUCACAUGAUCCUUGUACCUUGCACUAGUUAGGAUCCUCGCGGCUGCUUUUUGGAGUAAGUGCAGUUUCUGUGCAGUCUUUAAAAAGAGUGUCUUCAUGAAAAAGUUGCAGGAGUUCAGACAUGAAGUAACAACACAUUGAUAACUUGUCAUCAAACCUGAUGUACCUGGGAAAGGUGCAAUUACUUUAGAUGUAACUACAAGGGUGCACUCACCUCACAUGAGAAUCCAGUGACAUUUGAAGCUCAAGGAGUACUCCCAGCCUGGGAACCUGCUCUUUCAGAGAAUCUUAUCUAAAUUAGGCUGAUCUCUAUCUUCAGUUUCCCACUUGAAAACUCGUUUGGAUUUAAUUUUGGAUUGUUCCUGUUCAUCGAGUUGCAUUAUUGACUUGACAGGAACUAGUUCCUUUCUUGGAACUGAAUGAUGAGCAAGAGUAGGUUAACAUCAGCUGGGAAUACCCUUCCAAACACACACACACACACACACAGUUUUAUUCUGACAGUAUAGAGAGCAAGAUAGAAGCCUACCAGGCAUCAAGAGGCAACCCCAAUUAAUACCUCAGCACCACCUUCUGGAUGUGGAACGAUUAGAACCAUGAUAAAAUAAGAUUCUGAUCUUACUCUAUAGUCCAGUAAGUCUAUCCUAUAUAGUCCACUACAUGCUAUAGUGGUGAUAGUAAAAAUGACAAUGGGUACAGAACUGGUAGGGCUAUACUCCCAUCAAAGUUCCUAAGACAAGUUGCCAUGGUCAAUCACCAUGGAAUAAGAGUUACACUAAUAUUGAAGAAAUGGUGGAAUAGAAUCAUUAAAGAACAAAUGCAAAAGGAGGAACAAAAUGAAAUGCGAAUGACAAAAAAUUAUUUCAGAUAAUUGAGUUGUCCCAUGGCAAAUUGGCCAUGGUGCGUUGUCCCAGGCUGAGUUGGCCAUGGUGAAGUGGCUGCAGUUGGCUGCAGCAAGUUGUCCCAUUCUGUUGCAGAACAGGUGAGACAGCCAGGCAACCAAAGGUAUUUUAAUUCUAUGAUCUGGCUGAAAGUUUGAUACUCAUCCAGAAAAAAAAAUCAAUAUUAUUUAGCUGCACCUAGAGCUGCAGGGCCACUGCAUUCUUCAUCACUAUAUCAUGAACUGGAAUAUUGAGACUGGCCUAUAAUUCUACACGUCUCCUGGGUCAAGAGGAUGUUUCUGCUAUAGAAUAUCGUAUGAGUCUCCCAUUAGGCAGGGGGAAAUACUUUUAUACACUGGGGAAGGGUGCUGGAGGUCUACUGAGCUACAUUACUCACAGGAACUGAUUGAAACAAUUCAAUGUGCACUUUAUAUAAGGUGGCAAGUGAAAACUGGACUGUAGCCAUGGUUGACUUAUCCCGUUUACCUUAGAAGAAGGGUUAGACAGAUACCAUGCAUUAAAUACAUAAAAUGGAGGGUAUUUGCAGGCUAUUUGUCUCGAUCCACCUUUCUUUGCUAGGGACUAUUUUGGCCCUGAGGUGGUGGUUGAUAGAGAGGGUGACGGAAAGAACCUAUCAGAAAAUAGCAAUCUGAUGUAUUCAGAGCUGCCUACGGCUUUAAGAUCUACAUACUUUUUCCAUCAUGUACACAUGGAACUGCUCCUGUUGCAACAGGCAAUUUAAAUAAAUUCAUUUCUGUCCAA